CCCGGCGUGGCCCCGCCCCCAGCCCGCCGUCGGAGCGGAGCCCGGAUAGAUGCUGGGACUUACCGCGCGCGUCUCCAGCUCGGGCGUGGUGGUCCCGACCGUACCCGGAGUCGCAGGGAGUCGCCGCUGGAGAGGGGCUCGGCGCCCAGCGGGGACUGCAGGCGAUGACUCAGGAUGCAGCCAGGGGCCACGACGUGCACGGAGGACCGCAUCCAGCACGCCCUGGAGCGCUGCUUGCACGGGCUCAGCCUCAGCCGCCGCUCCACCUCCUGGUCAGCUGGGCUGUGUCUCAACUGCUGGAGCCUGCAGGAGCUGGUGAGCAGGGAUCCAGGCCACUUCCUUAUCCUCCUGGAGCAGAUCCUGCAGAAAACCCACGAGGUCCAAGAGAAGGGCACCUAUGACCUCCUCGCCCCCCUGGCCCUGCUCUUCUCCUCCACUGUCCUCUGUACUCCACACUUCCCACCAGACUCAGAUCUCCUUCUGAAAGCAGCCAAAACCUACCACCGAUUCCUGACCUGGCCCGUUCCUUACUGCAGCAUCUGCCAGGAACUGCUCACCUUCAUCGAUGCUGAACUGAAGGCCCCAGGAAUCUCCUACCAGCGACUGGUGAGGGCCGAGCAGGGCCUGUCCACUAGGAGUCAUCGCAGCUCCACUGUAUGAGGAAACUGAAGGUCAGAGAGGCCAAGUAACUUCCCCAAGGACACUCAG